GUGUUGUUUGUAAAUAUCCAUUUCGAAGGAUAAGAAGUCGAAAGAAGAGACGCCUUCUUCUUCUUCUUCUCUUCCUCCUCCAUAAAGCUUCGAACUUGAGAUGUCACAGACUCUAUUUCUUAAGCCAUUCGUUUCAGUUCCAUCAAGUAAUCAGAGACUCCGGAUUUCUUAUAUUUGUGUCAGCCUAAGGAACGUACAAAGUAGCAUUAAAAAUGGCGGCGUCAGAAUUCAGAGUAGAUUUAGAGUUGUUUGCAUGGGAAUGUUGGCACCAAGGAAAUUCUUGCAGAAGAGGAGGAAAAUGGAGGUAUUCAAGGAUGCAGCUGACGAAGAAGAUCAGAAGAGGUGGAGAGGACUAAUGAAAGAGAUCGAAGAGACGGAUUCUGCUGUCGCGGUGCUUCGAAAGUAUAGAAACGGCAGUGACCAAGGUCUCCCAAGGGACCUUGUUUUGGGCACCUUGGUCAGAUUUAAGCAGCUAAAGAAGUGGAAACUUGUGAGUGAGAUUCUUGAAUGGCUUAGAACACAGAGCUGGUGGAAUUUCAACGAAAUGGACUUUCUGAUGCUUAUUACAGCUUGUGGGAAACUAGGGGAUUUCAAUGGGGCUGAAAGGGUUUUAAGCACAAUGAAAAAAAUGGGCUACAAGCCAAACGUGAUAUCCUAUACCGCUCUAAUGGAAGCUUACGGAAGAGGAGGAAAAUACAACAAUGCUGAAGCUAUCUUUCGGAGGAUGCAGUCAUCAGGCCCAGAACCUUCUGCUUUGACUUACCAAAUUAUACUUAAAACAUUUGUAGAGGCGAGUAAGUAUAAAGAGGCGGAAGAAGUUUUCGAGACUCUCCUCAAUGCGGAGAAAUCCCAAAUGAAGCCGGACCAGAAAAUGUACCACAUGAUGAUAUACAUGAACAAGAAAGCUGGGCACUACGACAAGGCUCGUAAACUAUUUGCACUAAUGGCUGAGAAAGGGGUGCCACAUUCCACUGUCACUUACAACAGCCUUAUGUCCUUCGAAAAUAAUUAUAAAGAAGUUUCCAAGAUUUACGACCAGAUGCAGAGAGCUGGUCUUCAACCCGAUGUUGUCAGUUAUGCCUUGCUUGUCAGUGCAUAUGGAAAAGCCAGAAGAGAGGAAGAAGCUCUUGCUGUUUUUGAAGAGAUGCUGGAUGCUGGUGUAAGGCCAACGCAUAGAGCAUAUAACAUAUUGCUUGAUGCAUUCGCGGUUUCUGGGAUGGUGGAGCAAGCGAAGACAGUCUUCAAGUGCAUGAGACGUGACAGGUUUUAUCCAGAUCUCUGUUCUUACACAACUAUGUUAUCAGCAUAUGUGAAUGCGUGUGACAUGGAAGGUGCCGAAAAAUUCUUCAAGAGGUUAAAAACGGACGGUUUUGAACCCAACAUCAUCACCUACGGGACAAUGAUAAAAGGGUAUGCCAAAGCAAACGACCUCGAGAAGAUCAUGGAGGUAUAUGAAAAGAUGAGGUUAAGUGGCAUAAGAGGUAAUCAAACCAUCUUAACCACUAUCAUGGAUGCAUUUGGGAGGUGCAAGGGUUUUGGGAGCGCUGUUUCUUGGUACAAGGAGAUGGAAACUUGUGGGCUGCCACCUGAUCAGAAAGCCAAGAAUGUGUUGUUAUCAUUGGCUUCAACCCCAGACGAGCUUGAGGAAGCUAAGGAACUUGCUGGAGUCUCUGUCGAAAAUAGAAAGGGAACGCAUGUGGAUGGAGUUGAUGAUGAGGAUGAUGAUGAGGAGGAUGAUGAUGAUGAUGAUGAUGAUGAUGCGACAAAAACAGUUUACUAUGACAAAACACAAGCAGGUUCAGCAGACAGUUUCAGGAAGGAUGAAGAGAACUACUUGAGCUUACAAACCGAAGAACUUGUAAGUCUAUGAGAGUUGCUUAAAUUUGAUCUGUGAUCAUCCAAACCAAAAGGGUCUUUUCAGGACAAAGUAGUUUUGUUCAUUCUUUCCCUUGUAGCUAUGAAAUGAGUCAUGGUUCCCCAUGGAGACGAUCGAAGCUUUUCUUGGUUGGUCUGAACCCAGGAAAUACAUAGAUACUUCUGUAAUGAAAUGGUUGUUCUGAAAACUCUUUUGACACAAAAUUCCUUAUUUUCA